UGGGCGACGAAGUUUACGCGUUUGAGGAAUACGUUGGAAACACCAGAUCCGACGAUUCCAGAGCGUCUCACAUCCACAUUCGCGAUGAACUAGCCGACGCCGAAGGUCGCCUUCAAGAAAUUUUCAACCGACUUAAUGCGGGUCUAGAUCCAUAUUCCUUGCGAGAAAGAGAUGGACCCAUGGAAACACUCAGAGAAGAGGAUGAGACUGGUGUUGUGGAAAUACCCGAAAGCCUCACAAGAAAGUCUAUCAAACUAGGACCCCGACCGGAACAAGGCAAUGCUCUUCGCGCGCCAGUUCCAGUGACACAGCCGCUACGGCCGGCCUCGUCGAUGCGAAGCACCUCUCCAAUACAAAAACUGCCACCACCACGACCCUCACUCAAGUCUGGUGAUGAUACCGCGGCAGGGGCCGCACAACCCCUGAUCGACGAGAUAUCUAGUGCCUUGCGCGAGUGGCACAAUCUCUUGUUCACCUACCUUUCGCGAAGGGAUUACAAGCUUUUCCAAACCGUACGCAACCAUAUUGAAGAAUUACACCUUGGAAGACGCCAAUUACUAGCUCAAACCCUAAGCGCCGAAGAGACUGUAAAUCUCCGGAGAGAUUGUGUUGGACGAUUAGUUCGAGGUAACGUCGCGCAAGAAUUAGACGUUAUUGUUCGGCACCCAGCGUGGGGAGGCCUG